UCAGGACUCGCCGUGGCUCCGGCUCAGGAAUGGAGGAGACCGUUUGGGAGCAGUACACUGUGACUCUUCAGCGGGACUCUAAGAUGGGCUUUGGGAUUGCUGUGUCUGGGGGCCGGGACAAUCCAAACGUGGAGACCGGAGAGACGUCCAUCAUUGUGUCAGAUGUGCUGCCAGGAGGACCGGCCGAUGGACUGCUCUUUGAGAAUGACCGCGUAAUACAGGUCAACACCAUCGCCAUGGAAAAUGUGCCUCAUUCAUUUGCUGUGCAGUCACUUCGGAAAUGUGGGAAAGUGGCCAAAAUAACUGUAAAAAGGCCUCGCAAGGUGGCUGUCCUCAAGCACCCGCCGUCCCCGAGCGGGGAUAGCCGCGAUUACAACUUAUCCAGCUAUUAUCCCGAGGACAACCGCAGCGUUCACACUGACCCAGACUCUGAUUACCCUCGGGGAAACGGUGGCCUGGGCUACCCCCGUGACAGAGAGCGUGACCGCAGUCUCGAAAAGAGCCGGAUAGACUACCUGGAGCCGGAUUACAAGCGGGAAUGGAGCAGAGGCAGGAGCGCGGAGAGGUCGCCCAGCUCUGACAGCGGCUACCGCAGGGACGGCAGCCGGGGCAGGACGCUGGAGCGCGGAUCCAGCCCGGAGCCUCACUAUCACCGGCAGCACAGUAGAGGCCGCGGCGGAGGUGGAAGCCCUGCUGGAAGCUACGGGAGGGACCAGGGCUACGACACGCGGAGGUAUGACACUCGUUCAGAUGACAAGAUGAUCAGGAGUCACAGCAGGGACCGGCUGCAGGAUCACUCCCCGUCACCCAGCAGAGAGAAAGACAGAGGAAGAGACCGGUUCAACUAUGAACCCCUGGAGCCGCCCAUCAAUGUCAUGCUGGUGAAAAACAGGCCCAAUGAAGAGUACGGCCUCCGGCUGGGCAGCCAGAUCUUCAUCAAAGAGAUGACCAGCACUGGAUUGGCUGCCAGAGACGGAAAUCUCCAGGAGGGCGACAUCAUUCUUAAGAUCAACGGGACGGUGACUGAGAACCUCUCUCUGAGUGACGCCGGUAAGCUGAUUGAGAAAUCGCGGGGCAGGCUGCAACUGGUGGUCCAGAGAGACCACCGACAGAUCCUGGUGCGCAUUCCUGCCCUGGCAGACAGCGACUCGGAGCCCGACGAUAUUUCUGAGAUGGAGUCGUACCAUUCCUACUCGCCUCAAGAUGACCAAAGGUCACGCCAGUCUGACCUCUCCUCACACUCUUCCAAUGAUGUAGCACGAGAGAACGCCAGGGAGGAUCCUCAAAGUAGAUCGGCAAAGACCGCUGUUUCAUCCUCUCCUUACAAAACUCCAGAGGAGCCACUUCCAGCCCAGGAGGAGAGAGUAGAACCACAGGAAGAAGAACCACCACCAGCAGUAAAGACAACGCCUAAAAUCCUGCUCCGACCGAGCCCAGAGGACGAGGCCAUUUAUGGGCCCAGCACCGUGAUGGUGAGCUUUCAGAAAGGAGAGAGUGUUGGCUUGAGGUUGGCUGGAGGGAAUGAUGUGGGAAUAUUCAUAGCAGGAGUUCAGGAUGGCAGUCCGGCUGAAGAAGAAGGUCUCCGUGUCGGGGAUCAGAUUGUGAAGGUGAAUAAUGUUGACUUUCGGGGAAUUGUGCGAGAGGAGGCCGUACUGUUCCUGCUGGAGAUCCCUCGGGGUGAGGUCGUGACCAUUUUGGCACAGAAUAAAACUGAGGUUUAUGAAGACAUCUUGGUGUCCGGUCGAGGGGACUCAUUUUUCAUCCGAACUCAUUUCGAGUAUGAGAAGGAGCUGCCUCACUGUCUCGCCUUCUCCCGGGGAGAGAUCUUCAAGGUGGUGGACACCUUAUAUGACGGCAAGCUGGGAAACUGGCUGGCCAUCCGCAUGGGCAAAGACAACAAGCUGCUGGAGAAGGGCAUCAUUCCCAGUAAGAGCAGAGCCGAGCAGAUGGCAAACGUCCAGAACACACAUAAGGGCUCAGGGAGUGACAGGGCCGACUUCUGGAGGCUACGUGGUCAGAGGGCGGCCAAGAAGAAAGAUGUGCGGAAGAGCCGAGAGGAAAGUUCUGCGGCCGUCUCCACCCGCUUCCCUGCCUAUGAGAGGGUGGUGCUGAGAGAAGCGGGAUUCCGAAGGCCGGUUGUGCUGUUUGGACCAAUCGCUGAUGCUGCCAGUGAAAAACUGGCCAUGGAGCUUCCAGACGAGUUUGUAAUUGCCAAAACAGAACCCAAAGAUGCGGGAUCAGAGAAAUCCUCUGGGGUGGUUCGUCUCAACACUAUUAGACAGAUCAUUGAACAGGACAAGCAUGCUCUCCUGGACGUCACCCCUAAAGCAGUGGACACCCUAAACUACACGCAGUGGUACCCCAUAGUCAUCCUCUUCAGCCCGGACAGCAAACAUGGGGUGAAGGCGAUGAGACAGAGGAUCAUCCCCAGCUCUAACCGCAGUGCCCGCAAACUCUACGACCAGGCUCUGAAGCUCAGGAAAACCUGCUCACACCUGUUUACCGCUGUUAUUGAUCUGAACUCGGCUAAUGAUGCCUGGUACGGCAGUUUGAAGGAGACCAUUCGAGACCAGCAGACCCAAGCUGUGUGGGUCUCAGAGGGGAAGCUGGAGGGGACGGGGGACCUUGACGUUCAUGACGAUCGCAUGUCAUAUCUCUCAGCCAUGAGCGCUGACUAUCUCAGCAUGGACAGCCG